CUUUGGCACUCACCAUUGUUUUUCAUAUACUUAAGAGACACUCUUUUUAAAACAUAUCACACGAAUUGCUUGUGAUAACCAUAUGCAACAACAUAUAUGGACUCACACAUUAGUAUAUAACACCUGUGAACAUAAUGCAAUUUGUACAAAAAGGAUUUGACAGAAAAAGGUAAACUCAAACAUCCUGGUUCUGCCUUACUAUGUAUAAUCACAACAAACAAUACUAUGUAUGGUUUGUGCAAGUUUGGUAAACACAGGGAAUCCAUGGCUGAAUCCCAUUAUCAGGUUGGUAAUUUUGCAAUCUAUGUAUGGUUUAGUACCUCCUCAUGAGAGUUUCAGUACGAUCCCAAGAGUCCAGAUGCCACAUAUCCUUCUCCGCGAGGGGCCAUUUUGAUCCCAGAGUCAUCAAUGGAUUCAACCAUGAGAAGAAGAUUCCUGUUUCAGAGAAGCCUCAGGCUCAGGCUCAGGCUCGUCGGUGGAAGAGAGGCGAGAGGAGGAGGAGGAGAGCUCAUGCUCGUCGGUGGAGCAGAUAGCCGUCGCCUUCGCCGUCGGUGAAGAGAGAAAAAUUCGUUUUUACUAUGUAAAAGCCCAUUUUCCAUUUAGGACGCCCAAGCCCAAUAAGCGUUUGUCCUUGACUUCCGAUCAUCUUCACCACCGGUCUCAUUUCCGAUCAAAAAUUUAGUACCAGUUUCAACAAUUCAACUCUUUGAGUCUAUACAUUUCGGAGGAUUUCUAUGGACGAGAAGUUUUUUUUUCGUUAGUAUGGAAGCACGCUGGACUGAGUCAGAGUGGGACACCUGCGUUUCCGGUUUAGGAGAGUCAAACCAACUGGUUUACUCCUAAUUGGCCUCUUGAUUCCUCUGAGUGCUCAAUCCAUUGCUUGUUGAUGUAUGUUCAUUGGUUGCGAAUAAACUAUACUUUAGUUGACAAAGCCACACCAGCUUGAUAUAUUCUUUAGAUUAUGUGUGUGCGUAUUUGUUCUGACUUUGAGAUUCAAACAACCAAAAGUUGGAAUAGUUCCAAGAAAUAGAAACAUUCUUGGUCAAACUCUUUCUUGAGUAGACAUCUAUAUAAAUGUGCUUCCUCGAUAUUAGUCCCCAAGUAUAAUAUUACAUCUCUCUUUUCUCUGCCUGGAAUGAAGAAUUACAGAACCUCAAUUUUUGUGGUGUUAAGUCUUGUGAUACUUCUCAAUGGGCACAGCAGUUUCGUGGCACGAGCCACUGCUGAGAGCAAGGUUCAUAUAGUGUAUUUGGGUGAGAGGCAGCAUGAUGAUCCUGAGUUUGUCAGGGAGUCUCAUCAUCAGAUGUUGUGGUCUCUUCUUGGAAGUAAGGAGGAUGCUCAUGAUUCAAUGGUGUACAGUUACCGACAUGGCUUCUCAGGUUUCGCGGCCAAGCUCACCGAUUCUCAAGCUAAGAAGAUAGCAGUUGUUCAUGUCACGCCUGAUAGUUUCUACGAACUAGCAACAAGUCGGACUUGGGACUACUUAGGCCUUUCUGCUGCCUAUUCGGAGAAUAUUCUAAAUGACACUAAUAUGGGGGAAGAAGAGUAUGGCCAGAAUUUGAAGUCUUUAGUGAUAAUGGGAUUGGACCGGUGCCAAAACACUGGAAAGGAGGCUGUGAAUCAGGAGAGAUGUUCAACUCAUCUCACUGCAACAAAAAAAAAGCUUAUAGGAGCAAAGUACUUCAUCAAUGCUUUUCUUGCGGAGAACGAAGAGUUCAACUCCACAGAAUCACUCGACUUCAUUUCCCCUAGAGACUUUGAUGGUCAUGGCACUCACGUCGCCACCAUAGCAGGUGGUUCGGUCUUGCCGAGCAUAAGCUACAAGGGCCUAGCCGGAGGGACUGUGAGAGGUGGGGCGCCUCGUGCUCGUAUAGAAAUGUACAAGACUUGUUGGUAUCUAGAUGAUUACGACAUAACGACUUGUUCAUCUGCUGACCUCUUGAAAGCUAUGGAUGAAGCUAUACAUGAUGGUGUUGAUGUCUUGUCCCUCUCUAUUGGCAAUCAAGUUCCUUACUACCCGGAAACUGAUAUUCGCAAUGGGAUAGCUACUGGAGCGUUCCACGCCGUUUUAAAGGGCAUCACAGUUGUUUCUUCAGGUGUGGCUGCUACUACUUUAGACCGGUCCUUCCCCACACCUAUUACACUAGGGAGCAAUAAAGUGAUAUUGAGUCAAGCAAUGUACACAGGUCAAGAACUUGGUUUCACUAGCUUGGUUUACCCAGAGAAUCGAGGGAACAGCAACAAAAGUUUUUCUGGUACCUGUGAGAGUCUUCUCAUCAAUUCUAAUCUUACAAUGGCGGGGAAAGUUGUGUUGUGCUUCACAACCAUAAAACGUCACAGUGCUGUAUCAAGCGCUGCACGUUAUGUGAAGAGAGCAGGUGGUCUUGGCGUGAUUGUCGCAAGAAACCCAGGAGACGCUCUCUCACCAUGUGUAGGUGAUUUCCCUUGUGUUGCUGUUGACUACGAGCUUGGGACAAAUAUACUUCUCUACAUACGUUCCUCAGGAACACUCGUUGGACAACCAGUGGCUACAAAGGUUGCAGAUUUCUCAUCAAGAGGACCUAAUUCACUUUCUCCCGCGAUCUUCAAAUUGAUUGACGAAAACAAAUGGAAUCAUUUCAACGACGCUCAUGUUUCAUCUGUAAAUGAAUCCGAAAUCAAAAACUCAGCGGCAUAUCUUCUGUUCUACCGAAGAGUGGGAAGUGAAACGGAGACAGAAUCAGCUGAGAUGUCGAGGACUGAUAUGGAUUAAGUCACGAAGUUGCUGCAUUGGUCUCAGUCACUCAUAUGUCAGGUGAUGGAUGUUCUUUCUUAGUUCAAGCUGGUGGUUGAAAAGUUCUAUGCUUCAGGUUUUAUGAUGUUUAAUUUGGCAGAUCUCUGUGGAAAGUUGCGAUUUUGGUUCGGAAGAUUGAUUUUUGAUUAGGGAAUUUUCUAGGUGAAGGGGUUUAGUGAUGAACAGAUUUAGAAAUUUAGAGAUAAGAGUUUGUGAGAAGAAGAAGUUGUCUUUGUCAAUAUAAAUAUUUUUAGUAUGCCACACUAUCCUAAAAUGUCUCUCUUCGGAAUUCAAUUGAUUCUGAGUUUUAAAAAGACACAUAAAAGAAGCUUUUCAAUAGUAUUACCCUUUUUUCCCUCAAAAAAAAGUUGCUUUCAAGUAAUUUUUAAUGGAAAGUUUACUUAAUAUCCUGAUUAUAUAUUAUAUAGUCCCACAUCGGUUUAAGCGAAAUGAAUAGAGUUAUAUAUAAAAAGGAGAAGAUACAGACAGUUGAUAUACACGUGUUUGUAGACAGACAUCUGUGUUACUUGCUGGAUACGUACUUAAGCAAUUCCAAGGAAUUCACAGUUGACAUACUAUGCUGAUAUCAGAGAAAUCGAAGAGCUCAUGAUUCAGAUCACCUGAAUCUUCAUUCCUAGUCACAUACGUAAUUUUGUCUCAUACUCUCCUUGAUUUGUUAGCUGCUUCAUUGUUGUCCUGGAUUGUAUUAGGAGUGACAGAAAGCUUCUGAUACUUGUAUUGGUGACUUGAUUGGUCUCACUUUCUUUUUGCACUCGUGCAUAUGCAUAAACGCAUCACAUUCGUUACUAUCAUAUAUCAGACUAGACUUUCUCUUCUGCUAAUGCUUGCUACUAGUGCUUCUGAUGAGUCCUUUAUCUAUAUAUAUGUGUCACUGUUCCUGCAGUUGAUUGACGAAAACAAAUGAUAUCAUAUUUCAUCAGUAAAUGAAUCCGAAAUCAAAAACUCAGCGGCAUAUCUUCUUAUUCUACCGAAAAGUGGGAAGUGAAACGGAGACAAAAUCAGCUGAUAUGGAUUAAGUCACGAAGUUGCUGCAUUGGUCUUACUCACUCUCAUGUCAGGCGAUGUUCCUUCUUAGUUCAAGCUGGUGGUUGAAGGGUUUCUCUGCUUCAGGUUGUAUGAUGUUUAUUUUGGCAGAUCUCUGUCGGAAGUUGGGAUUUAGAUUCGGAAGAUUGUUUUUUGAUUAGGGAAUUUUUUAGGUGAAAGGGUUAAUUUUUGGGUAGUGAUGAUGAACAGAUUUAGAAGUGUAGAGAUAAGAGUUUCUGAAGAAGCCUUUUGUCAAUAUAAAUAUUUUAGUAUACGAAGCAGAUGUCUCUUCGGAACUCAUUGAUUUUGAGAUAGAAAGACAGAUAAAUCUUUUCAAUUAUAUACCCU